AUGUCAGCCAUUUGUAAUUGUUGUAGACCAAAAGUUUUAGCUGAAACAUUGAAAGAAGAAUUAUUUCCUGUACUCUUUGUUUGGAUAAUUAUUGCUGUUUUUUACACUGGUUUAAAAGUUAAUGAAAUGAAUGGAAUUCCCGCCAAUUGUCCUUCACCUGAUACAUUUGAUUAUAAACCUUCUUAUUUGUAUACAGCUUGUAAAAUUCGGUUGGCCAAUUUAAUUUGUAUGUGGUUAUUUGUAUUAUUUGGUGGAUCAUGGGUGAUAGCAGCAUGUUUAGGAAUUUUACCUAAAGAUGCAGAUUUGAAGAGAUUAACUGGAAGAUAUGAAGAAGAUCAGGAAGCUCUUCUUUGGUGA